AUGAAUACUAUGCUCUCGUUCGUCCCAACAAGAGGAGAGAGUAUCAUGCGAACAGGUGAAGGUGGGGGUGGUCGUGGUAGUCGUCGUCGCCACUUUUGCUUCUCUUCCUCCUCCUCUUCUUCUUCGAGGAAGUCAACAACGAGAACAUUAUUUAAAAUCAAAGAGAAAAGGACGACGACGACGACGGCUAUGAAAGGAGGCGGCAUAUUUCUAGACGAUAGUGGGAGAGGAAAAUGCAUCGCGAAUAAUAAAAGUGGUAAUAGCAGCAACAGCAGCAGCAGAGACGCGCUUCUCGGCGAGUUUGAUGGAGGAGGAGGAAAUGUUUUUGGUGGAAGCUCAGGCGGAAGCGGUUGGAACAACAACAACAACAACAACAACAACAACAACAACGAGAACGAGAACGAGAACGAAGACGAACGGCAUAGCUCGUCGAUGGCGACGCGAUUUCUGCUUUAUGCGAUGGCCACGUCUGCACUCACCGUCGUGCCUCUCGCGAACGCGAAGGGCUCGACGAACGCCGCCGCGAAUAGAAUGAAAGCACAAACUGAAAAGGCGUUUCAGUCGUUACCGUCGAAAGCGAAAGACUUCUUCGUGUCCAUGUUGUACGGUUUCGUCAUUUUCUUUGGCGUUAAAAUGGCGUUAAAAAGUUUCUUCGCUCCAGUCGCGUUGUUUUCUUUCACAAUGUUCGUUUUGCACAAGAUGAAAGUCCUGUCGUUUGGACCGAUGGACAUGUAUGAGAGUUGGGUGCGACCGUACUUACCGAGAGAGUUUCAAAAAGACAGUUUCACUUUCCUCCGCGGCGCGGAUACGAUGUCCGAAAAAUACACCAAGGCGUUCUGGUCUGCCGCGCACAGAAUCUUGCCGGCGUGUAAUUCUUCCCACGGCGAGAAGGCUUUGAUUCUGGGCAUGCUUGUGGCCGGUUUAGUUUAA